AUGGGUGGUAUGGGUAAUAUGGGUGGUGGCAUGGGUGGAGGUAUGAAUAUGUCACCCAACAUGAAUAACAACAUGGGCAUGGGGAAUUACGGGGGUGGGAUGAUGUCUCCAAAUUCUAACAUGGGUAUGGGAAAUAUGAUGGGAUCUGGUGGUGGUCAGAUGAUGAUGCAACAACAAAACAUGGGGGUGCAACAACAAGCUAUGCGAGAAACUCAGUUAGCUUUGGUUAAUACAUUACUGAAAGGUUCGAUGAUUGGUUCAGGUGGUAGAAGUAGAAAUCUUCCUGAUGGUGGAAUGGGGCUGGGUAUGUUGGGUUCUUCUGGGCCGUUACCUUCAUUGCUGGAUAUCAAAACAAGUGGAAUUAAACGACGUUCUGGAUCUGAUGGUAUGUCAAACAUCAUUAAAAGAAUGAAGAAGGAUUCUGAUCGCUCCUCCAGAGGCAAAGACAGGAUCAUCCGCCCAAAUGACAGGAGAAGGCCACAGGGAAGUACCCCUUCUACUAAAAAACGGGAUCAACUCUACUCUCAAGGUCGUAAAGACCAAUCUUCCAAUAGAAGACAGCGUGAUACUUCAGCUAAGAAAAAGAUGGAAGAUGAUGAUGAAGAAGAGGAUGAGAUGUAUGAUCCUGCCGAGCCAACUGAUGAUGAGAUACAAUCCACUGAACACAGUAAUGGUGGUUUAACAGUAACUGUUGAUGGCAGUAGACGUUCGGUUACUGAAGACACUGCUAAGGACUCUGGUAGUGAUGGUGAGAAAGCUGAUAGUUCUGACAAAAAGUCUCAGUAUUUCUGUCAUGCCUGCAUUGUGGAAUGUUAUAACAACAAGAACUUUAAAAAUCACAUGCGUGGUACCAAACAUCGUUCUCGUAUGGAUGAUCUUGCUAAUUUACAUCAACAAAAGUCUUCACAGUUGUUUGUCCGGUUGAAAGCAGAAGAACAUUUGCGAAAUAUUGAAAAAAGAGGUGGUGAUCUUUUAAAGAAACAUUAUUGCAGUGUUUGUGAACUCAAUCUCAGUAUUCCUUACAAUAAACACAGACAGACUAAAGAACAUCAGCAACGUGUCCUUGAAGUAUAUGGCAACAAUAAAGUCAGUUCUGGGCUUCAGAGAAAGGGUCAUAAGAUGGAAGAAUAUUCUGAGGUACCAGAAUAUGAAGAAAACAAAACAUAUGGUCAGAAUUAUAUUAUUGCUGUAUCUGGUUAUUUUUGCAAGUUAUGUCAUAAAUUCUAUAAUAAUGAGAAUGCUGCGAAAAACACCCAUUGCCAAUCAAAGAGUCACUUCGAAAAAUUUGAGAAAAUCAUCCGUGAAAAGAUCGAAGCUAAGAAAAAGGCUGAAGCUGCUGAAGCUGAACUGGAGAAAGAUGAAGACAACCCAAACAAUGAGAAUGGAGAAGAAAGAGAAAAUGUUGAUGAUGAACAUAUUGAAGAUGAUGAGGAGGAGGAGGAGGAGGAGGAGGAGGAAGAUGCUUGUAAAGAUGAUGAGGAUGAGGAAAUUAAAGAUGAACGCCUUGAAGCCGACAUGAAAUCAGAUGAAGAAAAUCAAGAGUAUGAGGGAGAAUUAGAAAAGACUUUGAUAGACGAGAGUAAAGAUGAAGAUACUAUUGUAGAUGAGGAUAAUAAUAUUGAAGACUUGGAGGAGGAAGAGGUAGAGGAGGAAGUGAACGAAGAGAAAAUCAUGAUAUUGUGA